GUUACAUUGAUUAAAGAAGAACUUUUAGAAAAGGCCAAUGGGUGCCAAGCUUACCAUCUGUUGCUGUCAGUACUACCUGAGCCACAGCAGGGAGGAGAAGAACGCUAUUUUGCGUAUGCGACACACCACAGCCGCCAGACAACCAGAGCCCUUAUCCAGCGACUCCAGCGACACAGAUGAGGAGAGCCUUUAUGGGCCACAGUCUUCCAGAAGAAACCCGUGGAACAAACAGCCCAGCCAGAGAAGCACUGUGGAGCCCUGGGGCACCGCGAACAAACCCCCUGGCUCUCCCACCAGGCGAGGAUCGGACAAAGAACUACAAGAUUUCAUCAACAUGAGAGACCAGGCUGACAAGGCUACAGAGGAAUGGGAAAAGCUGAACUAUGACAUUUACACUCUACGCUACGCCAGACGAGAAGUCAGAGCUCGAUGGAAGAAAAUCCUGCUGCAGCUAGGUUAUCAGUGUGAGGCCGAUGCCUUGCUGAGUGUGAACAGACAGAGCCGCCUCAGUCCAGAUCAGGAGCAUCUGAGCAAAGCCAGCAAACUCUUAGGACAGCUGCUGGAGGAAUCCUCUCUGUUUCCUCCAAAAACAGGACAACAGAACAGAUACCUCUACGUCAUGGACCGCCUGGUGUCUCUGGACAGCGCUGAAGACUUUGUCCGACUGGCCAAAGAAAAAUACCCCAAGAAAGCAGGCUGAGAUAGAGGGAA